AUGGGAACAUUUGUGCAGAGUUCAGCCCAAGAUGUGCAAGAACAUAUAUUCCGAAGCCAAAUGCCCGCUGUCCAGGUGCCUGAUAACCUCACAUUGCCAGAAUUUGUGCUCAAAGAUGCCGAGUUGUAUGCUGACAAUGUUGCCUUUGUGGAGGCUGUGACUGGAAAGAAAAUCACUUACCGUGAGGUGGUUAGAGACACUGGUAGGUUUGCCAAGGCCUUAAGGUCUCUAGGCCUUAGAAAGGGGCAUGUGGUCAUUGUUGUUCUCCCCAAUGUAGCUGAGUAUGCCAUUGUUGCCUUGGGAAUAAUGGCUGCUGGUGGUGUUUUUUCGGGUGCAAACCCCACGGGGCAUGCAUCCGAAAUAAAAAAACAGGUAGUGGCUGCUGAUGCCAAGCUAAUUGUAACAAAUGGAGCUAGCUAUGAAAAGGUAAAAGCUUUCGGGGUACCAGUAAUUGCAAUCGGUGAAGAGACCAUUGAAGGUGCUACGAAUUGGUACAAAUUGCUUGAAGCAGCAGACCGCGCCGGAACUAAUCACUAUCAGGAGAAAGUCCAACAGACUGAUCUAUGUGCUCUUCCCUUCUCAUCAGGCACAACAGGACUAUCCAAAGGUGUAAUGCUGACUCACCGAAAUCUUGUCGCUAACCUCAGCUCCACACUCUUUGGAGUAACGCGGGAAAUGUUGGGAAAAGUCACUGUACUGGGCCUAAUUCCCUUCUUCCACAUCUAUGGGAUCACCGGAAUAUGUUGCGCUACGCUUAGAAACAAGGGGAAAGUUGUGGUGAUGGGAAGAUACGAACUUAGAACCUUUCUGAACGCAUUGAUCUCAGAAGAGAUCACGUUUGCCCCCAUUGUGCCACCAAUCAUUUUGAACUUAGUGAAGCAUCCAGUAGUGGAUGAAUUCGAUCUUAGCAAACUGAAACUCCAGGCUGUUAUGACUGCAGCUGCUCCACUCGCACCGGAUCUCCUCAAAGCAUUCGAAAGCAAGUUCCCUGGAGUCCAAGUCCAAGAGGCAUAUGGACUGACUGAGCAUAGCUGCAUAACUCUGACUCAUGCCGGACAGGGUUUUAAGGCAAAGAGAAACUCAGUUGGGUUUAUUCUUCCAAACAUGGAAGUGAAAUUCAUUGAUCCUGAAACUGGUAGAUCACUACCAAGAAACACCCCCGGUGAAAUUUGUGUGUUGAGUCAAUGCACCAUGCAAGGUUACUACAACAAUGAAGAAGAGACUAUGAGGACCAUUGACAAGAAUGGUUGGCUUCACACUGGUGAUGUUGGCUACAUUGAUGAUGAUGAUAAUGUCUUCAUUGUCGAUCGCAUCAAGGAAUUGAUCAAAUUCAAAGGUUUCCAAGUAGCUCCGGCUGAACUUGAGGCCAUCCUUCUGAGUCAUCCCUCAGUCGAAGACGCAGCAGUAGUCCCCCUGCCAGAUGAGGAAGCAGGGGAGAUACCAGCAGCAUGUGUUGUGAAGGCAGCUGGUGCAAAAGAGAGUGAAGAAGACAUAAUCAACUAUGUGGCCUCAAAUGUUGCACAUUACAAGAAAGUAAGAGUGGUGCACUUUGUGGACACCAUUCCAAAAUCACCCUCUGGAAAAAUCAUGAGGAGACUUGUGAAGGACACAAUGAUAGAAAAGAUCAAGGCAUCCAAGCUCAGCAGCAACUAA